AUUCAGUCAAUUUUUACCAGUUGUAGGGGGAGGUACUCGCCGCGUGCUCCAGUCGUUGUUUUAACGACAAGUGUCUGAAAUUUUUAUAUAAUGUCUUCCCGGACAGGAAAUUUCAAAAAUCCAUUCUCGAGACCAUGGAUGACUGAAACUGGAGCAGCGGCGGCCGCUGGAGGUGGAUCAGUGGGACUGAAAGGUGUUGUUGCUGGCGGCAUAACUGGUGGCAUUGAAAUUUGUAUAACAUUCCCAACUGAAUAUGUGAAAACACAAUUGCAAUUAGACGAGAAAGGUGGUACCAAGAAAUACACGGGUAUAUUCGACUGCGUCAGCAAGACAGUAAAGGGCCAUGGAGUCCUCGGUCUCUACAGAGGCCUCAGUGUGUUGCUGUAUGGAUCCAUUCCGAAGUCUGCAGUUAGAUUCGGAGUGUUCGAGCAAGCCAAGCUAUACAUGAUCAACGAGAAUGGUACUCUAUCCAACUCUGGCAAGCUCAUGUGCGGUCUCGCAGCCGGUGUGGCUGAAGCGAUAUUCGCUGUGACCCCCAUGGAGACGGUCAAAGUGAAGUUCAUCAACGACAUGAGGAUGGAGAAGCCGAGGUUCAAGGGAUUCUUCCAUGGGGUCAGGACUAUUGUUAGGGAGGAAGGUGUCGGUGGCGUAUACAAAGGUGUUACAGCUACAAUCAUGAAGCAAGGCAGUAACCAAGCGAUUCGGUUCUUCGUGAUGGAGUCAUUAAGAGACUGGUACAAGGGAGGGGAUAGAGAUAAGCACGUGCCGAAGUAUAUUGUUGGACUGUUUGGUGGAAUUGCGGGAGCCGCAUCAGUCUUCGGUAACACGCCAAUCGACGUAGUCAAAACCCGCAUGCAAGGUCUCGAAGCCGCCAAAUAUAAGAGCACAUGGGAUUGCUUCAUCAAAACAUGGAAACAUGAAGGUCCCUUAGCCUUCUACAAGGGAACAGUACCACGACUCAGCAGAGUUGUAUUCGACGUCGCUAUAACGUUCACUAUCUAUGACAGCAUCAUGGACGUCUUCAACUACGUGUGGAAGUAACCAUAGAUAAUACACAACCACAGACAGACCAUAGACUAUAGAGUAAGACUUUGCUUUUUAAAUGACGUUUGUCGAAGGACCUAGUUACCUUAUGGUGGUUAAGAUUCAAAUUUUGUAAAUAGAAUUGUUUUUUUUUUAAUUAGAUUUGGU